UAAACGCAUUUCCUUAUUGUGCCUCACCUUGUACCCAUAGCUUAUGUUCAUUCUUUUCGCUGGUGCAUUCUUGGCGCUGGCUCUCUACGGUGCGCUUGUGAUCACGCUUGGGAUAGGACUGAGCCUGUACCUGGCUGGGUGCGCUUAUAGGGCCGCACAUUAUGUGCUGCAGGGUCCGGUCAAUCGAACGGAGAGGGCGAUCAAUGUAGAUGCAUCGAGAAGUGACCUAAGCGGCAGGCCUCGUAUUCGUGUUGCGCUUGUUGGUCAAUCGGAACCUGGUCGCCCCACUUGGUCUCACAACGAUAGGACGAUAUGAUAAUGGAGCCUAUGAACGGGGACAUGAGGCAUUUGCUUUUCUAUUUGCGAGUGUCUAUUUCGCAGCACGCCGGUGAUAUAGG